GUCGUGUCCGGUCAAGAAUUUAGGAAAAUAUAAAAUUAGUUGGGAUUCUGUGGAUAAGCAGAUGUUAUUAGUCGUACAGAACGUUGUAAUCGUUGAUAAUCCAAGAAUAAAUAUUACAAAGACAUCAAAAGGAGACAUAUCUUACUGGAGCUUAAUCAUUACGAACGCAUCACUAAGUGAUUCCGGUUAUUAUAUCUGUCAAAUCCAUACAACUCCACCAAAAAGAUUACUUAAAUUCUUAAAUAUUUUUGUUCCCCUGCAAUUUGAUAAAAUCCAAUCAAUGGAAAGUAAUUCAGUGGUCAGAGUCCGAGAAUUACAAAAUGUAAACCUCACGUGUAAAGCCACAGGAAAUCCUAAACCAACGAUCAGUUGGCGUAAACAAGACGGUCAGCCCCUUCUGGUAGAGACCAAUUCCAACCAAAUAAUAGAAUCGAUUGAAUCAGAAGUAUUGCAUUUGCGAGAAGUGAGUCGAUCGGCAAUCGGUUACUAUGUGUGCAUCGCUUCCAACCAAAUCAUUCCGCCGACUAUAACAGUUCCAAAUAAAAUGGUCUCUUCUUAUGUCGACCAAAACGUAACCCUCGAGUGUAUCACAGAAUCCAAUCCAAAGGCUCAACACUUUUGGAUCGAUGUGUUUGGCAAUCAAAUAGAUUCCAAGAAUUCCUAUAAAUAUAUCGUUAAAACUGUUGAUACGAAUGGCUUUAAAACUAUAGAGAUGCCGGAAAAUAUGUUUGCCUUUCAAAUAACCGAUUGGGAGCCAUAA